AUGAGCAACACACAAUUCAACAGAGGCAGAGACGAGCAACACACAAUCCUACAGAAGCAGGUGCAAGCAAUACCCAAUUCUACAGAAGCAGAGAUGAGCAACACACAAUCCUACAGAAGCAGAGACGAGCAACACACAAUCCUACAGAAGCAGAGGCAGGCAAUACCCAAUUCUACAGAAGCAGAGAUGAGCAACACACAAUCCUACAGAAGCAGAGACGAGCAACACAUAAUCCUACAGAAGCAGAUGCAAGCAAUACCCAAUUCUACAAAAGCAGAGAUGAGCAACACACAAUCCUACAGAAGCAGUGACAAGCAACACACAAUCCUAUACAGAAGGAGAGACAAGCAACAAACAAUUCUACAGAUGCAGAGACGAGCAACACACAAUCCUACAGAAGCAGAUGCAAGCAAUACCCAAUUCUACAAAAGCAGAGAUGAGCAAUACCCAAUUCUACAGAAACAGAGACAAGCAACACACAAUCCUUCAGAAGCAGAUGCAAGCAAUACCCAAUUCUACAAGAGCAGAGAUGAGCAACACACAAUUCUACAGAAGCAGAGACGAGCAACACACAAUCCUACAGAAGCAGAUGCAAGCAAUACCCAAUUCUACAAAAGCAGAGACGAGCAACACACAAUCCUACAGAAGCAGAUGCAAGCAAUACCCAAUUCUACAAAAGCAGAGAUGAGCAACACACAAUUCUACAGAGGCAGAGACGAGCAACACACAAUCCUACAGAAGCAGAUGCAAGCAAUACCCAAUUUUACAAAAGCAGAGAUGAGCAACACACAAUCCUACAGAAUCAGAGACGAGCAACACACAAUCCUACAGAAGCAGAUGCAAGCAAUAACCAAUUUUACAAAAGCAGAGACGAGCAACACACAAUCCUACAGAAGCAAUGACAAGCAGAACACAGUCUUACGGAAGGAGAGACAAGCAACACACAAUUCUACAGAUGCAGAGAUGAGCAACAUCUAA